AUGGGCGACGCUUCCAUGAGGAACAUGAGCGCGGCUGAAUAUGCAGCCAGUAUGCUCCCUCAGUUAACUCUGGAGGAGAAGGUAAAGCUCCUGGCCGGUGCGGACAUGUGGCGCACCAACGCGAUUCCCCGCGUUGGUAUCUCGCAGAUGAAGUGCUCCGAUGGACCGGUCGGUGUACGCGGCGGGCAGUUCACUGACGGAGUGACGGCGGCAUCGUUGCCUUCGGGUGUCUCUUUAGCAAGCACAUGGGAUCCGGAAUUAAUCGACGAGAUGAGCACCAUUCUGAUCGCAGAGUGUCGCAGUAAGAGCAUCGAUGUUUUGCUUGGGCCUACAGUCUGCAUUCCACGAACGCCCCUCGGCGGCCGAAACUUCGAAGCGUACAGCGAGGACCCCUUUCUGAGCGGGAAGCUGGCGGCGCGAUACAUCAAAGGGAUCCAAGAGGCCGGCAUCGCAACAUGCAUCAAGCAUUUCGCUGCCAACGACCAGGAACACCGGCGCUUCUUCGUCGACGCGCAAAUCUCCGAGCGCGCUCUUCGCGAGAUCCACACCCAGCCAUUUGAAAUCGCAGUGCGGGAGAGUAACCCAUGGUCUCUGAUGACGGCCUACAACAAGGUGAAUGGAUCGUACGCCUCCGCGAACAAGCAUCUUCUUCGCGAUAUCCUAAGAGAGGAGUGGGGAUGGGACGGCGUUGCAAUGAGUGACUGGUUUGGAACCAAUACAGUUGUCCCUUCGGUUGAAUACGGACUAGACCUCGAAAUGCCAGGUCCCGUCAAGCGGAGAGGGAAGCAUCUGAUUGAAGCACACAAGCAAGGCCUAAUCAGCGAAGCCCGGAUCGACGAAUGUGCCACUCGGAUGCUCAAAUUGCUCCACCGAGUUGGUAAGAGUUCAGAGCCUGACUGGAAGGAACCCGGAGAAAAGGCAGUCGAUCUCCCUGAGCACAGGGCAAUCAUGCGCCGUUGCGCGGCUGAAGGAAUUGUCCUGCUCAAAAACGAAAAGAACGUCCUUCCACUCGAUAUCCGCCCGGCAAUGCGCAUUGCUGUGAUCGGGCCCAAUGCCGGCAGGGCAGUACAAUCCGGCGGCGGUAGUUCCGAUCUCUUACCCCACUACAGAACAAUCCCGUUGGAUGCUAUCAAACAGGCCGUUGACGAGGCUGGUGUGGGCGCGGAAGUUGCCCAUGCUCCGGGGAUGCAAGGCCAUCGGUACAUACCGUUGAUGAGUCCCACUGUCAUGAGAAACCCCGUUACCGGCGAGUCGGGGUGGGUAUUGUCCUUUUGGGCCAAUAUGGACCAUUCCGGCGAUAUUGUGUACGAGGAACAUCGGAAAAGCUCGAUCCUGGUCUGCUAUGAUACACUGCCAGAGAGCCUGACGACGGGGGAGAGGUAUUCAUAUAGAGGGCGUACGAUUCUCACUCCCAAGACCACUGGGAAGCACUGGUUCUCGCUCUCGUCUUGUGGUCCUGGGCGGCUCCUGCUGGAUGGGAAAGUUAUACUUGACAUCCCACGACGAUGGUGGUCGCCCAAGUCUCCGUUGUUUAUGAGUUACGGGUCUCCCGAGGAGCGCGUCCAGAUUCACCUGGAAGCUGGUAGACAAUAUGAAUUGACUCUGGAUGGAAUCAGCCGUGAGCCUGAGCCUUACGAGUUCUCGUUCACAGGUGAUCUUCUGCGAGAGGAGAUUCAGGACGGCGGGCGGGUUGGUUUCUUGGAGGAAGAAACCAGGGAUCUCAUGAGCGAAGCGGUGGAUCUGGCGGCGAAGAGCGACCUCGUCAUCAUGGUUGUUGGCAAAGACCGCGAGUGGGAAUCUGAGACCAGUGAUAUGGUUUCGAUGAAUCUGCCCAAGGAGACAGAUCUCCUCAUCUCCAACGUCGCUCAAGUCAACCAAAACACAAUUGUUGUCAACCAAACAGGUUCACCAAUUGCAAUGCCGUGGCUCAGCCAGGUUCGAGCUGUUGUCCAGGCAUGGUACCAAGGUCAAGAACACGCAAAUGCCCUCACCGACGUCCUCUUCGGCCGGGUGAACCCUUGCGGCAAAUUACCCAUCACAUUCCCCAGAGUCUACGAACAGAAUCCAUCAUCGCUCGACUACCCCGGCCACAACGAUCGCGUUGUCUACGGCGAGGGCAUAUUUGCCGGGUAUCGAUGGUGGGAUCGGCUCCAGAUCGAGCCUCUCUUCCCCUUUGGCUUCGGUAUAUCAUAUAGCACAUUCGAGUAUUCGAAUACCAGAGUCAGCGCGACAGAGCUUCAAUUCUCCGAACAAGGUUCGGAAAGUAUCGAAGUAACGGUGGAUGUGACGAAUACUUCGGAUGUGGUCGGUAAAGAGAUUGUGCAAUUCUAUGUGUCACCCAAGACGGCUCCUCGCUUAACCAGACCCAAAAGAGAGCUUAAGGGAUGGAAUAAGAUGUUGGUCCGGCCGGGUGAGACUGUAACGGCAUCGGCGAUCUUGGACUGGGUUAGCAUCGCCUACUGGGAUGAUAAACGACACGAGUGGGUAGUCGAUGGUGGUGCCGUAUUUGAGGUCAUCGCAGCGAGACACUCGCGUGAUAUUGGUGUGGUGGCGGAGUUCCAGGUAGGCAAGCCUGCCGCCAAUCUCAGAUCGUCACGUUUCACUGUUCUGGCGGAUUAA